AUGGAAGGGAGCAGCGGGAGGAGGAGGGAGCCCACCCGGGUGUCUCCGGAGCAGGUGAUCCUGUCCCACAGCCCCCUGCGGCUCUUCAACCAGUUCCACCAGAAGUGCAUGCUGGUGGCCGGGCAGGGGCCCGUGGAAGAGAACGCCCUGAACCUGGGGUUCAAGCAUGUGGUCACCAUGGAGGCGCUGAGGAAAGCAUAUCCCCUGUUAGACAUGGUGGAUCAGAGCCGGAGGCCAAAGGAGCUGCCUCCUCCAACCACUGGCUUCCCCACUAUAGAAGGAGUGAUUCUGUUUGGUGAGCCAGUGAGGUGGGAGACCAGCCUGCAACUUAUUAUUGAUGUACUCUUGAGCAACGGGAACCCUGGGGCAGAGCUACAAGAUAUACCAUACCCCCAUCUGCCUGUUCUUGCCUGCAACAUGGAUCUCCUGUGGAUGGCCGAAGCCAAGAUGCCCAGGUUUGGCCACGGCACUUUCCUUCUCUGCUUGGAGAACAUCUACAAGAAAGUAACAGGCCGGGAGCUGAAGUACGAGGCCUUGAUUGGCAAACCCAGCACAGUCACCUACCGCUAUGCCGAAUACUUGAUAAAACAGCAGGCAGAGAAACAGGGCUGGAUGUCUCCCAUCCGACGCCUCUAUGCAGUUGGGGAUAACCCUAUGUCCGAUAUCUAUGGGGCAAACCUCUACAACAACUACCUCAAGUCAGCUCGGCAGAACCAGGUCCAGAUGAAGAGGAGCCCGGAGGCAGCCAGUCCCCAAACUGAGGAUCACCUUGAGCUGAGGAAGGACUGCAACAAUUCAGUGGAGAGUUGUGAGUCGAUUUUGGUCUGCACUGGGGUCUACCGCCACAAUGCAGAUGUUCCCAGUAAAACAGAGGAGUGCACAACAGAAACAGUGUUCCACGGCCAUCGGGACUUUUGCUUUGACCCCAGCCUGGUGGAGGCAUCUUACAUAGUGCAGGAUGUGAAUGAUGCUGUGCAGCUGGCUUUCAAGAAGGAGAACUGGAGCUAG